AUGUAUGACGUCGUGUCAUGCACUAUGAGUAUAUUUGGGAUUGUGUUACUGAAUACUGUGUUGUUCGUGAAUUGUCAGAAAAAAGUCAAGAACGAAAAGUUGAGUGGAAACCCCGAGAAUCGGGGUUAUAAGCCCGGACAUUUGCCCGAUUUUGCUGUGAGUUGGCCUUUUUAUUUGGUAUUUAUUGGUAUUUUUAGAUUAUAUUUGUUUGUAUUUUCAGAUAGUAUAUAAUCUUAGGUUCUUUUUCUUAUUUUUGCUAGGCUUUUACGUGCUUUUACAAGCUCAAAACACCUUUUUUUUGCUUUUUUGUCUCAGUUUUUCCCUCCUUUUCAAGUUAUUUCAACAAACUUUGAUAUUUUAAAUCCAUUUUUUAACUCAAAAAUGCAAUUUUUUAACAUGACCCUUAAAAAAAUAAAAAUUACUACAAUAUUUUACUUUACUUUGCUAAAAACUAAUAUUUUUAAUAUAUAAAAAGUCCAAAAACAAUCUUUGCCGCCAGCAGGGGUCGAACCUGCGACCUUGGGCUUAUUAGACCCACGCUCUAACCGACUGAGCUAUGGCGGCCAUGAUCAACGGGCUCUUAAAAAUGUUUUUUUAUUGCUUUUGGGCGCGCUUUUGGUUCGGAAUCGUAUUGAAUGAUAAGAAAAUGGUUAAAAUUUUAUCGUUUUUGAUAAGAAAAAUGUUUUUUUUAAUGUAAAAUCAGGAUUUUUUUUACCUAAAAAUUCGCUUUUUUCUUCUAAAAGUCCCGUUUUGCCUCUUCUUUUGGCCUAAAAGUUGUUUUAUGUUUUGUGAAGAAAGUUCUUGCCAUUUCUUGUGCUGUAAAGAAAAUUCUUGCUAUUUUUUCUUUUGUAAAGAAAGUUCUUGCUACUUUUCAAAAAAGAAGCCGAAUUUCAAAUUCAGUAUUACCUAAUUUUUCAUCAUAACCCCCAAGACUCAAGUUACUAACCGUAUUUUACAUUAUCAACCCCAUUUUCAGGACCCGGACGAAAAGAGUACAGACACAUUUUACGGAAUCAAAAGUGCACAAGCCUUUCCGGCCAAAAAUCCGGACGGAACGCCGAAUAACGUUGGCCAAACAUCGAGUAAAACAACUAACACCACCGUUGGCAGAACAACCACCACAGGGUCGGGAGCCAAGAGAUCGAAACAACUUAGUGCGAGCAAAGGCAAGCGAGCAACUUGA